AUCUUCUAGGAGGUUUUCACCAUAGCACAUUACUACCACCUUGCACAAUUCAGAGUAACCAAGCAGGAACAAGAAGUGAUUUGUGUUCCCUAUAUAUACUGCUGGGCUGAAGAUCAAGAUGUGUAUCUCCCUUUGGACACAGGACAUCUUAUCUUUCCUGUUUCUGCUUAUCUCAGAGACAAUGCUAUUGGUGGGCAUAUGCCUCGUGGUAUUGCUGCAACAAGCUGCAGGAAUGUCAGAUGGCACAGUUUUAUCUUUAUCGACACAUCAUCCAUCGGUCCAAAAGGAGAUUGUUAAUAAGCACAAUGCGCUUAGAAGGAUGGUAAAUCCCACUGCUUCCAACAUGCUUAAAAUGAGCUGGAAUCGUGAAACUGCAAAGAACGCUGAAAAGUGGGCCAAAAAGUGUACGUUGUCUCACAGUCCCCCCAGUGAGCGGAAAAUUAGCUUUACUGGCUGUGGGGAGAAUUUAUUCAUGUCAAGUAAUCCAACAUCAUGGACAGAUGCGAUCCAAUAUCUUUACAAUGAAGUUGGAAAUUUUACAUAUGGAUUUGGAAGGACUCGAGCAGAUGCUGUAGUAGGCCAUUACACCCAGAUUGUUUGGGCCACUAGCCACCAGCUUGGCUGUGCAUUCGCCUACUGUCCUGAAAAGAAGUUACGGUAUUACUAUGUUUGCCAAUACUGCCCUGCGGGCAAUUUUGUGGAAUUCAUGAAGACCCCAUAUAAAAGAGGAAAACCAUGUGGAGCCUGCCCUGAUCAUUGUGAUAAUGGACUUUGCACCAAUCCCUGCAUGCAUGUGAAUAAGUAUGGCAAUUGUGAUGAUUUGGUCCAAAUACAGGGGUGUAAUACAAAAGCCAUGAAAGAAAACUGCCCAGCUACCUGCAAAUGCCCUUCAGAAAUAAGAUUAAAACCUCUUCAAAGUGAUGUUUGUCCUCAAAAGUAAAGUAACUGCAUUUAAAAACAGUCACUGAAGAAAUUGUACUGCUUUCAUGUAAAAAAUCAGACAAGUUUUGAAUAUCUUCUGUUGAAUAUAUCCUGUUUCAUCAAUUAAAUAUGAUAACAUCUGAAUAAAGAAAAACAGGUAAUAAAUUGAACUUAACCAGACAUUAAAUUCAAUAACUCUGAACUAUAAAUAAAAAUGUAAUACAAAAUCUAAUAAA